ACUUUCUCAACAACUCCAGGGGUCUUCAUGCGAGAGUGAAUUUCGCUGCGAAAAAAUGACGCAAGAUCAACCAUCACUCCACUCGACCCGUUUCUGCUGCUGGGUUCACACAUGCAUACGAACGGUACAUGUCACUCACACAUUGCUGGCUCUCUGUCGUCAUGAAAUAUUCAACACAGUUCAUUCUAUUUUAUGUGGCACGUAGCAUAUAUCACAUCUAAAUAUAUCGACAAGACUUUUUUUUUUUAAAAAGAUUUAAGAGGCCUCGACAUGAGCGGGCGCAAUAACGAUGGAAGCCAUCUAACCUCCAUGACUCAACAUUACACUCAUUAGUCUGCAAACAUCAAUGCAAUAUAUCAAUCCCUGCAGCACAUCAUUUUUCAGUUCAUUCAGAUUUUGAUUUCAAAAUGAGAAAGCCUCUUUUAUGCUCAGCGCAAGAUGGAACUCAAAUAUAUCAGACACAAUGAAAACAGUAGAGGCCCCGGAAUUGAACCCUGUGGAACACCAUACGACAGUGCAACACAAAUAGGAUGUUGCUCAUUUUUGAAAACAAAGUCUUGCUUUUAUCGAGAUGCACAUGAUCAACGUUCAGCUAAGUGUAGAAAGAAACCACAAACCUUAUGAGACAAAUGUUCAUACACAGGAAGUGCCUCCCACUCUCUUAUCCUGUGUGUGUGGUCUGUUUUUCUCUCGCUCGCUCGCUCGCUCUCUUUCAGAAUGUUACUCAUGGCAGUGUGUUGCUGAGCACCAGCCAGUUGUGUUUCUCCUCUCUGAGCUCACAACGCUCUCUCAUCCUUUUGCUCCGCAGACACAGCGGGCACCAUCUCAUCUUCUUUCAGAUUGUCCUCUUUUCAUUUCAUUUUUUUAUAUUUCCAUUCCCUCAUCAUUCUGGAACACUUGUGGAAAGUAUUUGACUGAGUUGUGUGGGAGUGCGUGCGUGCUCUGGUGGUUAUCAGCAUGGAGGCAGUGGCACUGUAUACGUUUCGUGCCACCGAGGGUGAUGAACUCAGUUUCAACAAAGGAGAGUUGUUAAAGAUCACCAACAUGGAGGAUGAUCCCAACUGGUACACAGCCGAGCUGGACAACAGAAAAGGCUUUGUGCCAAAGAACUAUAUCAACCUGCGGCCACACGCGUGGUUUGCAGGUCGUAUAUCUCGCGGUGUGGCGGAAAGUCGACUUCGACACCGGGAAUGUGGAGCGUUUUUAGUCCGAGAGAGCGAGAGCGCUCCUGGGGAGUUUUCCAUGUCGGUCAGUUAUGGUGACCACGUCCAACAUUUCAAGGUACUGCAGGACCGUUGCAGUCAAUACUACGUGUGGGAUGAGCUCUUCUCCUCCCUGAAUGAGCUUGUGGAGUUCUAUCAUAGCAACAGUAUCGCUAAAGAGAGGACCGUCUUUCUGCGAGACCCCGAACACUUUGCAAGACGUCCUCACCAUGCCCACGCUCUCUUCGACUUCAACCCUCACCACCCCUCGCAGCUCCGUUUCCUGCGGGGUGACGUCAUCGAGCUCAUUGACUGCUCCGACUCACUGCGCUGGAGGGGCCGUUGCCAUGGACACGUGGGCUACUUUCCUCCGGAGUAUGUCCAGCCCGUUUACCAUUGUCAGUGAGCCCACACAUAUAAGUGGGCCUUCUCAUCCACGUCACUUCCACCGCUUCUCUGUUCUUGGCUACCAGUCAUCUUUUGGAGCAGAUGGCCUGGAGAUUGACUAGUGAUGCAAUCAUUUAAAAAAAAAAAAACUUCUGUUGACCACUUCCUGGGCAAAACCUGACCAGCUGUGACUGGCACAACAUCUACUCCAGUUCCAUAGAAUCAGUAACACCAUUCAAGGCGUGUAAACAACUUUUUACUCCACUAAUGCACCAGUAGAAAUUUUUGAUCCAAACCAUUCUAUAAUAUACCGGGUUUUUUUUCGGCAUAUCCACAAUGUUUGUGGAGAGCAAUGGAAGUUCAUGUACGAUUUUUCCCGAAAUACUUGAAGAGCACAUUGAAUUGUAUGAUAGUGUGAAUAGGCCCCAAAAAGAGAAUCACAAAUUGUACCCUGUUUGAACUGUAAAUCAGACCAGUUGUGUGUGGUUUUCUUUUUUUUUGUAUAUAAUGUUGUAUUUACCAUAUCUUAGUAAAUUCCUGGUCAAAUAAAAAAUUGUAUAAAUGUUUUCGGUCACAGCAACUAACUAGAGAGAGUCACAGAGUAUUUCAUGACAAAUGUGAGUCAUUUAAAUAAAUUCUCUUCUGAAGACUGA